AUGGCGUGCGUCGCAGCCGCCAUUGCGGCACUGCUGCUGAUCGUGACGCUGUCAGUAUCCGCCUCUGCGGCCCCAAGCCCCAUUGCGCCCACCUGGGCGUGCGGCAAGCUCACUGACUACUACGCUAAGGUCACCAUAGAGUGCCCGUCUGCCGAUUGUAACGCCGCUCAGCGCAACCUGGGCGGAGACUUGCUCGUCUUGGACAUCAAGAGCUACGGCAACAAGCAGUGCCAGGCUUGCAAGGACCUUGACGGCUGCAACGCAUGGGUUGUUUGCACCAAUAAGGAGGGUUGCGGCACCGGCUGCAAGGACUAUGCCAAGGGCUUCAAGGUGCCCCAGAGCUACGAUGACAAGCUGCCCCACAAAUUCUGGGGCAACUGGGGCUCCUGCCAGGGCGACAAAUGGCCGUUUGGCAUGUGCUCCCUCAAGACCAUCACAGACACCAAGGCGCCCCCUGUCACCGGCACCAACGCGGCUGACGGCUGGGUGUCUGGCAUCAUCACACAGGUCGCCCUCAGCCCCAAGUGCCCUCCCUUCUUCUCCAACAAAACUUGCGCGGCCUGCCUUGCCUCAAAGAACCCGCCCAUCUGCUUUGAUUGCAUUAAGAAGGCCAAGACACUGGACGCCCCCUUCAAGUGCACGACCUGUGCGAGCCUACCGACAGCCGCAGGCCAGGCCGCGUGCGUCACGUGCGCGGCGACGUCCGGCGACGACUGCAAGAGGUGCCUGGACGCGGACUGUUCCGACACCACCUGCAUGAACGCGCGCAUGGAGAGCGCCUCCAAGGCGCCAAACCUGGCGUCUGUCGACCAGUGCUUUGCGUGCCAGUCCGCUGCCAAGGGCGCGGCCUGCCCCAAGUGCUUCGAGUCGUACAGCGUGCCCAAGGCCAACCGCGCGGGCUGCCUGGCCUGCGUCGCGUCCAGCGCGCCGGCUGCCGCCGUGGGCUGCGCGGGCUGCCACGGCGAGAGGGUCGAGGAUCGGAAGGGCUGCUCCGACUGCCUGAAAAGGGCGCCCACCGCAGGCGCAGCCAGCGCCUGCGGCUCCUGCAGCGACCGCGGCAGCGUCCCUGCCACUCACACUGCGGCGUGCAUCGACUGCGCCGUCAAGUCGGCGUCGGAUGACGCCAGGGGCUACUGCAGCAACCUGGAGCGCGAGACGUCUAAGGAGGCGGUCGCAGCCUUUUACAGGAACGGCGUCAACCCUGCCGUGUACAAUGGCUGCUACCAGUGCGUGUCCAAGGUUUCAGCGCCAAACGGCAUCCACUGCAGCCACUGCUGGAGCGCAGACCGCGUCAAGGCCAAGACGGCGGACAAGUGUGAGGCGUGCGUACUCUCCAAGGACAAGGCAAAGGGCGAGGCCUCCAGCUGCUGGUCGUGA